GACUUUAAUCAACACCCCUUCCUUGACGCCAAGAUCUGUUUUCUACUCUUUCCGUCUCUUUCAACUUCAAACACUCGUUUUCUCUCCCUUGAAUGAUACACAAACUAAUGAAAGUCUAGAAAACUGCUUGAUAUUUUUCCUUUAAGGUGAGCGCUCGAAUAAGAUUAACUAAUUGCAAUACAUACAGACAUGGAUGAUUACACGAAGGACGAUGUUUCACAGCUGAUCAAGAGAAUUGGGGCUUUUCUAUCCGCCAGAAUGUCCGAAAUAUUAGACACCCAGGAUUUAAGAUCCGUUUGGGCUUUAGUGGCUGUUGUUUGUACUAUAAUUUUUACAUGGAGGCUACUCUUAGCACCUAGUGGGCCCCAUGGGAGACAACCUAAACCUCAACCUCAUCCUCAACCUCCUUCUCAAGUCAAUACUCAACCAAAUUCAAAUCUCUUGCCUUCAUCCACACAAACUGUAGUUGAUGACCUUUUUCAACCUGUAAAGCCUACUUUGGGACAAAUAGUUAGACAAAGAUUAAAUGAUGGAAGGAAGGUAACAUGUCGGUUGCUUGGCAUUAUACUUGAGGAAAGUACUCCAGAGGAGCUUCAGAAUCAAGCAACUGUGAGAUCUUCGGUUUUGGAAGUUGUAUUGGAGAUGACAAAGUUUUGUGACCUUUAUCUCAUGGAAACCGUUUUAGAUGAUGAAACCGAAAAAAGGGUUUUAACUGCAUUGGAAAAUGCGGGCAUUUUUACAUCCGGUGGCUUGAUUAAAGACAAGGUUCUCUUUUGUAGCAAAGAAGUUGGGCGGACUUCUUUCGUUAGACAAUUGGAGCCCGAUUGGCAUAUAGACUCAAAUCGCGAAAUUUCUUCUCAAUUGGCGAGGUUCAUCAAAUGUCAACUCCACAUUUCACCACUUAAAACCGAGCAAAUUGCUCCUAAUGUUUUCAGUUCUUCAUCUUUGGAACAGUUCUUUGGGGUUUGACUUUCUUGAAUAAGUCAACGAUGCAAAUAUGUACUUUUUCUUUUCAGUCUCUUAUAAGAUCCGAUGUAUACCCCACAGUCGUGAUGGAUGAUUUAUGUCAGUAGUUUUGCUUAAAUUUCUAUAAAUUACACUACUUACAUUUCUAUACCCAUAAUAGCAACCUAC